CGGCGUUAAAGGAAGUCUCUGUAUUUUCUAUAGAUUGGCGAACAGUCCUGCUUUCAUUUCCUGGAAUUAUAAUGAAGGGCUCUGCUACCUCUUCUCUUGCUUCCUACGAGACACUUGUGCACGCAGUGGCUGGGGUGGUGGGUAGUGUGACUGCUACAACAACAUUUUUCCCUUUGGAUACUGUGAGGAUACGACUUCAAGUUGAUGAAAAACGUAAAUCCAGCUCCACACCUGUGAUAUUGGCAGAAAUUGUGAAAGAGGAAGGCUUAUCAGCUCUAUAUCGUGGAUGGUUCCCUGUUAUUUCUAGUGUUUGCUGUUCAAACUUUGUUUAUUUCUACACAUUCAACAGCCUGAAGUCGAUGCUGGUGAAGGGUAAUGCCAGGGCCACACCAGGCAAAGAUCUGCUGAUGGGUUGCAUUGCAGGUGCUACCAAUGUUUUCCUAACGACACCAAUGUGGGUAGUCAACACAAGAUUGAAGCUGCAAGGAGCAAAGUUUAGAAAGGAGGAUAUCCAUAAGACUGACUACAAAGGUAUUCUCGAUGCUUUCCAACAGAUCAUCACCAAUGAAGGUGUGAGAACUCUCUGGAAUGGGAUCCUACCAUCUCUUAUCUUGGUCUGUAAUCCUGGAAUCCAGUUCAUGUUUUAUGAGGGUUUAAAACGGAAAGCAGGCAAAGCAGGGAGACAGAUACCAUCCUGGGAAAUAUUUAUGAUUGGAGCCAUAGCAAAAGCGAUUGCCACAACAGUGACCUACCCUUUGCAAAUUGUGCAGGCUAUACUACGGUUUGAACCAAAGAAAAGGAAGUCGCAAAGUACAUUUCAGGAGAGUGCCCGUGUGGUUUUUGGUCUGAUAUCUGAAAGACUUAAAAAAGGUGGUUUCCCAGGACUUUACAAGGGUCUUGAAGCCAAACUACUUCAAACUGUUUUUACUGCCGCUCUCAUGUUCCUGGUCUACGAGAGGAUUGCAGGGAUUACCUUCAAAAUCAUGGGAUUAUCUAAAACAGCCAAACGUUAAAUCAGCAAUUCAGAAAGCUGAACUGUGAGUUGCAGGGAGACCAUUCAGCUUCUGAUCUGUUGCUGAAAUGGCAUUAGGCUGAGUAAUACCACCUUGUUUCCUUGAAGUGAUGCGUUAACAAUGGAGAAAACUGCACAGUUAAACAAUAAGCCGUUACAUUUAGUUUGCAAAACAAUUGCAAGAUUGAGCUUUCAGUAUGUGUUUCAAAAACACUUUCAAAGACAGAAUGGUAUAUACUACAGCCACUAGGUUAAUUUACAUUUUACCCAGGGUAGCAAAGCUGGAAGAAUGGAGGAACUCAGUUUGUAUACAGGAUAAAACUUGGUUGUGGGCGUUUGGUGAAAAAGUAUGCAUUUCACGAAGAUGUUUCCAUUUAGAAUUAAUAUAAUUUGUGCCACCGGCUCUGUAUUUCUAGUUUACAUUUUUGUUACAUGUAGUUCAACCCAGUGACUAAAAUGGAGUUGCUGUGAAGAACCUCCGUGAAGCGCUUUCUUCCAAUGUUAAGGUGUAUGUUGUUAAUAAAAGGGGAAUGAAUAGAACAUG